AUGGCAGACUUCACUCAGCUUGUGGCCGAUUGCAACGUACCAGCAGCUGUAGCCUCUUUGCUUUCAGCAUUCGACAUUGCUUUGUUUGCUCGGUCCUGUACCACUGCGGCAGAGCUUGAAGAAUUGGUGAACCACUUUCUGGCCGAAGCCUCAGUCACGGAAGCCGCUGAGCGCUUUAUCACCAAAGCCUCUUUGCGGUUACUCUUCUGCAAGUGCCGAACGUCAGAGAGCAUGGUAUCUCUUGAAGCUGCGCCUAUUUCCAGCGCACCGCUUGGUGAGGGCACAUCAGCUGCAACCCCGGCUCCCACAGCCUCGCCACCUCUUUCUAGCUCCUGGCAAGAGGCGUGGCCCGCAAAAUUGAGCGGGGAGCGCACGGCAGCGCUUAGGAAGCGGUUCGAGGAGGAUUACCCCACCGAACUUCUUGAUGCAGAGAGCUUUCCACGCGCCCGCUUAUUGGCCCUCACCAAUAAGAUGCUUUUUGACAAGGAGGUGCGAUGGAUUCCUUGGAAAUACCGCUUAAGUGCCCGCGCUCAAGAGGACAGUCUCCUCGUCCGGCCUAGGAAACAGGCCCGCUUUGACUUGACAGAGCUUUUUCUCGACGAGGCUCCCACCCGUGAUAUACAUGAAGGCCCCGCUUCCUUUGGCCUCGUCACACAGCUUCUGUCACUAGCGGCCAAUGCCAUCGCGCUUUGCCAAGGGGCACAUCUGGGCUCUCUGAAGCUUUACAAUAAACGCUUCAUGAGGAUCUGCUUCACCAGGUACGAGGCCGCCGCCAGGUUACGAGGUCCUACCACCAUGGAAGCCCAGGCCGCCGACCGCCGCUGUUGGGAAAUCAUCGCCGACUUAGUCAACGUGCACCAUUGGAAGCUGGAUGAUGCGCUUCACGAAGUCGCCGAGGUGCGUUCUGAUAUGCACAGCCUGCUUGCCCCGAGGCCCUUCAUUCCCAAGCCAAAGUUCGAACCGGACAAUAGCUGGAAGGCCCGCUUCACAGGCAACGGUCGCGGCGGCAAGGGUGGCGGCCGUGGCGGCAAAGGCCGUGAUGGCAAAGGUGAGAAAGGUGAACGCUUCGAGCGAGGUGGCAAAGGCGGCAAGGGCAAGGAUAACAAGCAAUCCACCCCUCCUGGAAAAUGGCUUUCCACGCUUUUCAUGGAUGGCAAGCAUCAGACGCUUUGCAUGAGGUACCAGAGCGGACAAUGCAAGGACGCGGCUACCUGCCGCUACCUGCACAGAUGCGCAGUGCCCAAGAGUGAUGGCACAGCUUGCUCUGCAGGGGCCACUUUGGCACUGCCCAAGGCACGUGCCCCGGUGUCCUGUGCAGCUUCUGCACUCAGUGAAGGCUCUCUCGACUUCGCUACCUGCUUGGAGCUUCUAGCGCAGUACUUUUCCUCUCCCUUCACUUCUUCUUCUCACUGCCCCGACAAGGCCAUUGCAGCUUCUGAGGCGUAUUUCAACUUGGGAGCUUUCGCUUUUGGCAAUGGCGCAAGGCGGCCGCUCAAGUCCCGGCCCCUUGGAUGCCUCAUCCGGCACAGUGCAACAGAAGCCGGUAAAGGUGAGUUGCGGGACACUUGGCAUGCGCCGCUCUCCUUCAGCUGUGAAUCGCUUCACUGUACGAUGCCGAUACAAGGAGACAGGUGGGUAUUGACUGCCUAUACUUGCAAGAGCUUGGACCGCUUUGAUGCAAAGUCACUUGCACACUUGAGGUCACUGGGCUUCCCACUGCCAUCGCCAACCCCGGAGAAUCCUCAGCCAAUACCGCCCCCGCUCAAGGAUACGACAUGCGUGGAGCUCUUCCUGGAUAUAUGCUGUGGGGCCGCACACCCACUUACUGCGGCAAUGUCGUCAUGUGGCAUCACUUGUUUGCCUGUCGAUUUGCUUGGCGAGGAGCAGCUUGACCUGCUCAACGACGAUACUUACGACCACCUCCUUCGACUGUGCUUUUCGGGGAUUGUCCGCUUGGCUCACGGCUCCCCACCUUGCAAAGAGUACUCCCGCUUGAAGCUUCGUCCAGGUGGCCCCCCGGCUAUUCGAUCUCCAGAGCAUCUCAAUGGCCUACCGGGGAACACCGCUUCGCAGCAAGCCAGGGUUGAGAGCAGCCAGAAGCUUUUAUACCGCUGUGUUUGCCUUCUCCGAGCAGCCUUUUGUUCAGGUGCACAUGUAUCCCUGGAGCAGCCCACCAACGCCAUGUCUUGGCUGGAACCUUUUGUUCAGGACAUGCUCUCCGAGAUACAGGCUUCACUGGUCAACAUCCCGGCAUGCUCAGUGGGCGAGGACAUAGCUAAAUCUUGGCUUUUCGCUUGCAGUUACAGCGAAUUUCGCUUUCUAGCAGGCACAUGCUCGCAUGCAGGAGGUCAUCAGUCCGUCGCAGGUGCCAGGGACGAACACGGUAACUUCUUGUCCCAAAGGACGGCAGAGUACCCGUCCCAGCUUGCCGAGAACUUCUCAGUGAAGGCAGUGAACUUAUUUUCUUCGGGCAGACCCGCUUAUUCAGUUGCGCCCUGCUCCUUGAAGUUUGCACUUGCCGCAAUCCCCAAAAAGCCGCGCUCCUCAACGCCUACAGCCGCACAGGAUGGCGGGGGCAUCUACUCUCUACCCGACUGGUCCCUUGGCCCAAGGUACCAAUCUGACUGCUUACACGACCUGCGGAGGGAAUGGCAAUCUUGGCUGCUUGGGAACAGAAUUCCUCUUCGGCUUCAGCAACAUAUCGCAGAAGCCAGCAAUAAACCUCUUUUCUCAGAGGAAGAAACAGAGUGGCUUCGCUCGUCUUUCAAGCGCUUUUCGGAUUCACACUCCCCGUGCCAGGACUGGAAUUUCUCGGUGAAGGAGGGCCAGCCGUAUUGCUUGUCUGCACUGGAGCGCUUAAGUACCAUGCUGGGUGACAAGGACACUUCCCUUUUCCCCGCUUUACAGAAAGGCGUCCCCACGGGGUUCGACGGCGACAUCCCGCGCAGCCACACACUUCGGCCUCGUAACCCUGAAAACUCAGACGAACCCACUGACCUGCUUGUCUGUGAAGGCAACUGGCAGGGAGCUGAGGCAGACCCAGCAUUGCUUCAGGAGUUGAUUGAGGAGGAAGUUUCUGCCGGCUACAUAGAGGAAGUUCCCAGCUUGGAGGCCGCCUACGAACGGUGGGGUCAAGAACGUGUUGCAGUGGGUCGUGUGAACAUCGUCAAGGCUCCCGGUCGCGCUGCCCGCUUGGUUAUAGACAACAGCAUGUGCAGCACGAACCAGAACUGCCAUGUGCCUGAACAGUUCUCCUUGCCCAGCCUUCAGGACAUACAGGCCGCUUACCCUCCGAGGGAAGACGAGGAGCCGGUUUCGGGAUUCAGCUUAGAUGUGAAGGGGGUGGAGGAGUGUCUUCGGCAUCGACUCGUCAGCCGUAAACAGCUUGACAAACUCCUUGGUCUGCUCCAGUGGAUUCUCCAUGGUAUCCAUGCUUACCUGGACGACAAGCUCCGCUUCACAGAGUCCAGCAGAGAAACACUUGCCUUCUUUGCCCACUUGAGCUCCAGGGACUGGCGGCCCAGGCCGCUUCGACCACCACCUACCAGUUCGGUGGAGUCGGCUGCAGACGCUUUCGGCAAGGGCAAUGACUGCGGCGUGGGAGGUUGGCUCCUCCUCCCCAAUGGACGCCUGCUUUGGUUCGCUCACCGCUACACUGUCAAAGACUUUCUGGACUUAGGUCUGCCAAUGCAACCGGACGCCAACUUGGACAUCUCCAGCUACGAGACACUUGCACAGUGCUUUGUACUUCUGGCUUUUUGGAAAGCCCAUGGUUCCGGUCGCUUGGCUUUGACAUUACCAGCUUUGAGCGAUAACAGUGGUGCAGAGUCAGUGUGUAACAAGCUUUACACCUCUAAAGUACCGCUUAAUCUUUUUGUUCGCAAACUUUCGAUGUGGAGCUCGAUCACCGGUGUCACUUUGGACUGCAGAACGACGACGCAGACCUGCUUUCUCGUUGGGAUGGCUGCACAGACCUUCCAGACAAGUCGAAGACCCCGGAUGCUCUGGACCUUCAGAGCAGCUUUCAACUUUCAGAGCAGUCGGACUUCCGGCAAGCCGAAAAAGGAGUCGAAGACCCCGGAUGCUCUGGACCUUCAGAGCAGCUUUCAACUUUCAGAGCAGUCGGACUUCCGGCAAGCCGAAAAAGGCGAUCAAGAUGGCUGGCAGCCAUCGCGGCCUGGUUCCUCAUGGAAGCUGUGGGAUGGGGCCUACUCGGCAUCCCCCACGCCUGCCCAGAAGGAUCCACUCAAACUCCGGUACGACCAAGUUGGCAACGACCAAGGUUGGUGGAAUGUCAAUACACCAGUGGCGGAGACGGACGAGGAUGCGAUAGGCGGCGAGCUUCCGGCUGUUUUUCGCGAGGUUCAGCGAGCUCUCACCCAGGCCAAGAAGGCGGACACCAAGGUCAAGCGCCUGAGACAGGAGGCCUCCCGCAGAAAGGCUCAGUUCGAGAAGUACGAGGGACUGAUGAAGAAAGCCUUUGUGAAGCAAAGGACGAGAUCCAGAGCACCACUCUUGCGGGUCGACGGCGGCGUGACAGAGAAGCUCGAGGCCAAAAGGGCAGCUGCUGCUGCUGCUGCAGCGGAGUUUGGCCGGGCCCUUCGUCCAUUUGGGCUUCCUACGGCCCCUACGGACAGCGAUGCCGCGCCUUCGUCGGCGACCAACCAGUUCCACUUUUCGCUCAAUGGCCAGCAGGUUCAGGUCCGUGUCACCGAAUCGGAGGAAGAGAACUUAGAGGACUCCGAAGACGUCGACUUCCACGACCCUGGCCAUCACCCGCCAGGAACAUGA